AUUCAGUACAGCCCAGCAAGGCAGCAAUCACCAACUGAGCUCCAACCUCAAACCACCCAAAACAGGAAAACACCCCCCCAAAAUGGCAGCUCCCGACCAAAGCACCUCCCCCCAACUCCCCCAAGUCCUCAUCCUCAAACCCCCCCACGUCUUCAAACUCCACCACCAUCUCUUCUCCCAGAGAUUCCACUUUCUCAGAGCCUGGGAAUCUCCUCUUCCCACUCCUCACUUCCUCUCCACUCAUGCUCACUCUGUUCAAGCGCUCUUCUGUAAUGCCUACACUGAUAUCACUGCUGACGUCCUCACCUUGCUUCCCUCGCUUCGAUUCAUCGUUACGAGCAGCGUUGGAGUUGAUCAUAUUGAUUUGGUUGAGUGCAGGCGCCGCGGGAUCAAGGUGGCUAAUGUGGCUGAUGUGUUCACGGAUGAUGUGGCGGAUGUUGCUGUGGGAUUGUUGAUUGAUGUGGUUAGGAAGAUUAGUGCUGGGGAUAAGUUUGUUCGUGCUGGAUUCUGGGCUUCGUCUGAGUUUCAACUCGGUCACAAGUUGGGAGGCAAACGAGUUGGGAUUGUUGGACUAGGAAGUAUAGGCUUCCAAGUUGCAAAAAGGCUUGAAGCAUUUGGUUGCAUUGUCUCAUAUAACUCAAGGACGAAGAAGCCAUCAGUUCCAUAUCCUCAUCAUGCUGAUGUUCGUGAACUAGCUUUAAAUUCUGACAUACUUGUCAUUUGUUGUGCAUUAACGGACCAAACCUACCACAUGAUCAAUAAGGAGGUUCUGUCAGCUUUAGGGAAGCAAGGGUUCAUUGUUAAUGUAGCUCGUGGGGCUAUUGUUGAUGAGAAAGAACUGGUGCGCUGUUUGGUGCAGGGAGAGAUUGCUGGUGCUGGUCUUGACGUGUUUGCUGAUGAGCCCAAUGUUCCAGACGAUUUGCUUGAACUGAAUAACGUUGUUCUGUCUCCUCAUCGAGGGGUCUUCACAAAAGAAUCUUUAUGGAAUUCCUACGAACUCAUUUCAGAGAACCUAGAAGCAUUUUUCUCAGAUAAGCCCUUGUUAACUCCGGUCCUCAACGAAUGAUUGAUAAAAUCCGGAGGCUAGAGUUAGCUACUUUCGGGGUAACCUAGUAUUCCUGCUUGUAUGGAAACUGAUUUUCUCAAUUUGUGACGAAGUCUUUCCUUUGUCUGUGCAGUUUUCAAUGUCAAGUGUCAAUAUUAUAUGUAAGAUUUUAUGUUUUUUUUUUUUGACGGGAUGUACGAUUUUAUGUGUUAAUGUAAGAGUAAUUUGCUAUAA